AUGAGUCAAGAUUAUCAACCUAUGUUAAUCUCAAUGAGUGAAAUCACUCCAUCUUUACAUUUAUUUCUUUUAAAUAAUAAUAAUGAUGCACAUGCCAUAGAUUCUUUUAUUGAUCAAAUUAUUACAGUAAAAUACAUUCCAUUACCUGUUGUUACUGUUGGUGCAUUAAAUCAUUGUUAUAAAAUUAUUUUUGCAUUUUGGAAAGAAUUAAAUAAAGCAAUUUCUUUUGGUUACUCUUCUCAAUCAACUAUAAUUAUUAUGUCUCAUAUUUCUAAUUGUGUUUCAUAUGAAGCAAUUAAAUCAGUUUCUUCACUUAUUUCAAAGAAUAAAAGUAGUAUUUUAUUACCAACAUUUCUUAUGUAUAAAGCACUGUGUCUAGAUACAUUUGCCUCUUUAACUCAAUUACUUGAAAAAAUAAGAGAACAAAAAACUAUUAUUCAAACAAUUCCUUUAACAUUUACUGUAAUAUAUGGAGUAUUAUUAACGUCAUUAUCAUAUGCUCUUCCUUCUCUAAAAGAAUCAAUCCAUUCUAAUAUUAUUGAUAGAGUAGAUGAUAUUUCUUGUGGAACUCCUCCUUAUGGAGAAACAUCCCCAAUGUUAGAUGCUGACAAAAAGAUAUCUGGAAGUUCAAUGUAUAUUAGUGAUGAAGUUCAUUUAAAAGAAAUUCAUUAUAUGCCUUUUAGGUCUAGAGGUGAAUUUGUUGCAUCAGUAUUAAGAGGAUCAAUUUUGUUUGUUUCUAAAACCAAAUGUGAAUCACUUGAAUAUUCUGAUGAUUUCCAAGACUUUAUUAAUGAAUUUAUUAAAUGGAGGAUAUUAUCUUGGAAAUCACAUGAAUGGAGAAAUAUUAUUUAUAUUAUGUGUGAAGAUGCAAUGAUUAAAAAAAUGCCUAAAGAAUUUAAUAAAGUAUUAAAAAUAUAUGCUCAUUCAACUAAUUUAUAUAACAUUGAAAAAGUAAUAUUCUUAUCUGAUUAUAUUAAACGAUGUUUAACAUUAUUAAUUGAUCUUCAUCCAAAUUUUAUAAUUGAUGAAUAUUUAGAUAUUGAAUCACUUUUAACAAUUAUUAAAAUAUUUAUUACAACUGAUAAUGCAGAAGCAUUAACUAAUUUAUUAGUAUCACUUAUUGAAUUACUUCCUUAUUUAAAUGGUAAUUCUCGUAAAAGAAUUAUAUUUGAUUUAUUAUUAGAACAAUACUUUAGAUAUUUCUUUAUGCAUUGGUGUGAUUCAGUUCAAUUUGCUUUUCAAACCAUUUUAUUAUAUCGAAUCACUCUUGCCCGUUUCUCUAAAUUAGAUUCUUUACAUCCAAAAGAACUUCAAUUGUAUUCAUCUCGCUGUAGAGUUAAUUAUAAUUCUUUAUCUUUUGAUUGUAAUGUAGUAAAACGAUUAAAUGAACGUAUUGAAUUAUUAAAAGAUAUUUUAAAACACUUAGAACUAAAUGACAAAAAUUUCAUCCUUUUAAAACGUUCCAUGUUGAUCUUUAAUAAAAGAAGAAAAGAAUAUGAACUUAACUCAAAAAAAUAUAUUGGUGGUGCUUUACCUAAAAUCUCUUUUUUUCGUCCAGAAUCCUUAGAAUAA